AUGGUUGGCUUUUUGGUUAGUAUUACUAUGAAUGCAGUGGCAUUUACAACAGUACAGCUUUGUUUGGUAUCAUUAACCGAAGGAGCGACAUCCGCGGUUGUUCCUGGUGAGAGGUAUCGUGGUCCCGUGGUACGGGUGGUGGGGAUGAUUGGACAACAGCAGUGUGUCCGGGAAUGUAGACACAGACCCAGGCUAUGUCGGGGAGUCAACUACCAGAAACAGGAACUCCUUUGCGAACUCGUGUCGGCCAUCAACGAAACGGAACCCAAACUUGAUUAUGUUCGAAUUGAACUCGAUCAGACUGACCGUGUUCCAGAUGAAUGCAUGUCAUGCACUACUGACGAUCUGUGUGUGACGCUCUCCAGUAAAAAAGUCCAUUGUAUUCGGGAAACAACCUCAUUGGAGUCGGCAUUCCAAGCAUCCUUUUACAGUUUUUGCUCUUAA